CCCGAGACCGUGCAGGGCUUAGGGACCCUGGGCUGGUAGUUACUUUGAAUCGCGAGAGUGCAAACGUGGGGUGCGAAACGGGUCGCAUUCUUUGCUGUGGGUUCGGGGCCCUGGCAGCCUUCUUGCGGAGGUGCCACGCCCUAGCGGCUGGGCCGCGGUGGGCCCGGGGUCCGCUCGGACCGCCAGGACCAAGCAGUGGUCCGGGAACUGGAAGGAAGGUGUUCCCGGGGCGCUGGCCGCCGCCUUUGCAACUCGGCCGAGGCCCGUAUCUCAACGUAGAUUUUCUUUUUCCCCUGUUCUGCAGGCUCGUUUCUGGCAUCAUGGCGCAAAGGGCCUUCCCGAAUCCUUAUGCCGAUUAUAACAAAUCCCUGGCUGAAGGCUACUUUGAUUCUGCUGGGAGGCUGACUACUGAGUUCUCACAACGCCUGAACAAUAAGAUUCGAGAGCUUCUUCAGCAAAUGGAGAGAGGCCUAAAGUCAGCAGACCCUCGGGAUAGCACUGUUUACACUGGCUGGGCAGGUAUUGCUGUGCUCUACUUACACCUCUAUGAUGUGUUUGGGGACCCUACGUACCUACAGAAGGCACAUGACUAUGUAAAGCAAAGUCUGAACUGUUUGACCAAGCAUUCCAUCACCUUCCUUUGUGGGGAUGGGGGUCCCCUGGCAGUGGCUGCUGUGGUGCAUCACAAGAUGAACAAUGAGAAGCGGGCAGAAGACUGCAUCACCCGGCUAAUUCACCUAAAUAAGAUUGAUCCCCAUGCUCCAAAUGAAAUGCUCUAUGGACGAAUGGGCUACAUCUGUGCUCUUCUCUUUGUGAAUAAGAACUUUGGAGUGGAAAAGAUUCCUCAAAGCCAUAUUCAGCAGAUUUGUGAAACAGUCUUAACCUCUGGAGAAGACCUAGCUAGAAAGAGAAACUUCACAGGAAGGACUCCACUGUUGUAUGAAUGGUACCAAGAAUAUUACGUGGGGGCCGCUCAUGGCCUGGCAGGAAUUUAUUACUACCUGAUGCAGCCCAGCCUUCAAGUGAGCCAUGGGAAGUUACAUAGUUUGGUCAAGCCCAGUGUAGACUAUGUCUGCCAGCUGAAAUUCCCUUCCGGCAAUUACCCUCCAUGUGUGGACGAUACUCGGGAUCUGCUAGUCCAUUGGUGCCACGGUUCUCCUGGGGUAAUCUACAUGCUCAUUCAGGCCUAUAAGGUGUUCAAAGAGGAACGGUAUCUCAAUGAUGCCUAUCAGUGUGCUGAUGUGAUCUGGCAGUAUGGCUUGCUGAAGAAGGGGUACGGGCUGUGCCACGGCGCUGCAGGGAAUGCCUACGCCUUCCUGUCGCUGUACAACCUCACGCAGGACGCGAAGUACCUGUACAGGGCCUGUAAGUUCGCUGAAUGGUGCUUAGAUUAUGGAGAACACGGAUGCAGAACACCAGACACCCCCUUCUCCCUCUUUGAAGGAAUGGCUGGAACAAUUUAUUUCUUGGCUGACCUCCUAGUGCCCAAGAAAGCCAGGUUUCCUGCAUUUGAACUGUAAGAGGAAAGUCCCCCCAGUGCAACUCACUGCAUGAGCCUUUCUGUAUAUCAUACCUGGGCUAAAGCAACAAUAGAGUCAAACUGUGUACUUGAUUUAGUUGAUUUUUUUUUUCAGAAUAUGUCUUUAAUUCAGUUCCUUUUUUAUUAUUUACUUUUAUUUUAAAAUAUCCAGGGAAAUCUAAAUUAACUUCAGUUUAUCCUAAAGGGAGGACAGGUGAUAUAUGUACAGUAUUUUGAGGGCAUAUAUGCAUAUAUUUCAGAACUUGGAGGCAGUCGUAUUCUUACUAAAGCUUAUGAAUAUAACCGUCUGUUACAGUUAUAAAAAUGUUUAAAAAAACUAAAUGUAGAUAAAUACAUGCUUAUCGCUGGAUAUUGACCUCCACCUCUUCCCUUUAGUAUUUUUUUUUAUGACAGUUUUAUGACUUUGCUUUUCUCUAAGUGGUUGAUAAUGAAAGGGGACAAAAAUAUAACUAUAUGCUUCCAGGGCAAAAAUUGCAAGAGUUGCCAACUGGGCUAGGGACCUAAACACCCUUUUUCAAAUUCACAAUGCUUAUUUAAACUAGAGAUAAACAUACUUUCAAAUUUGCCUCUUUUUGUUAGUAGAGCAUCCAGGCUCUAUAAUCCAACAUCUUUAUCGAAAACUUCUGAAAUGUGAUGGUCAUUGUAUGAAAAUUCUGAUUUGAAAGUUAUUUCAAGAUAAGCUAACAAAACGUUUGUUUUCUCCAAAUAAGCUAGUAUGUUUUGGAACUACUUAUGUAUAUUUGUUUCUUCUUUGGGAUUAGUGUAAGAUCGGGAAAUGAGAUUUCUGUGUGUAACUAUAUUAUGACCUAGGAUUUGAGUCCACCCUUUCUGACUGACCUUCUAAAUUCUGAUUUGUGUUUUACUUACUUUGCAAUGACUAUGCUUUAUAAAGCGUUGGCUGCUUGGUACAAGCCAUAAGAUAUUUUCCUUCCUAUCUAUCUAGAUGUUGAUCUUUUCACUAAAUAGUAGAGCAUUCUACUUGUUUAAAAAGGGGGGGAGGGCUGCUAUAUUGCAAAAUCGCUAAGCUUUCCAUAGAAAUGCUGGUUCCUGAGAAGGUAUUAUCCAGUGAUUAUUCUUAGAACAAAUGGCUUUUGUCCCUUUGCAUAGCCUAGGCUUUAACACUCAUCCAUUUCUGAGCCCUCAGGAUCGGGUACUGAUAAGGUAGGUGAGGGAAGUGCUUCAAAUUCUGUACAAGUGUUUUGACUCAUCAGCUCCCAUUCCUCCUCCUUCCAUUGCUGACUUUCCCAGGCUUGUUUUGUCUUUUCUAUGUAUUUUGACUGAUUUUGAAACAUUUUGCCGCUUUUAAGAAAACAGGCUCUAAGAAUUUUUAAUGUGCCUAUUUCACAGCUUUCUCGGUCACAAAAACAUGCUAUUUUUAUUGGAACUUUGAACCAAAUCCCCACUGAGUAUAUGUUGGUUCCUGUGGGUAGCAAUCCCCUAUUAUUUUCCAUUUAGCACCAAAACAGCUAAUAUUAUUGGCAAUUGCCUGACCCUUUAAAGGCUACUGACAGUAGGAUCUAAAACACAGCCCACUGCUCAGUUCCCAGGAUUAGCUUAUUCCUCUGUGACUCAUGCUAGUCAGGGACAACCUUGUGCCUCUCAGAUUUUGAAGUGUUGCUGGCAAGCUGUGUGCAAGCUGUGCCUUUCUCGUGAGCAUUUCACAUGAACAGUGUCAGCAUCCACAGGAAAGCUAACCUGCCUUUGGAUGGGUGUCCAGCUUGAAAGAGUAGACCCCGUUUGGUUUAAAUGUCUUACUAUACUGUACCUGCACUUUUAGCUACUAUAGUUACUAACCAAGGGAAAAAGAACAAAACACUUUCUCUUAACCAGAGGAGACUGAUCACAGUGCUUCAGCAAACAUCUUAAUUAAUUUAACCCCAGGAAGACAUCAAGGCAGGGAGAAGAACAUUUUGAAUAAGAUUCUUAUUCCUAUUUGGAUCGCUGUUUAGCUACUGCCAUCCCUUAACAAAUUUAUCAAUGCAAACACAAUUCAGUUUUCAUUGUUUACUUUAGCUUUGUAAGUUAUUAAACUGGCAGGAUUUUAUAUUUGUGCCAUUGUUUGUUUUAUUUAUGUUUAAGAGCUCAGAACGUUUGAUAGGAUUUUAAACUCGGGCAAAGGCUAUAAAACUCAGACUAAUACCCUAACACCAUGGUAGAAACUGAAAUUUUUACACUAGUUUCUUAGUUUUGAAAGGAAGAGGCAUCAUUUCAGUUCUAUUUCUGUUACAUCAUUUUUCCCUCAGAUAUUUUUCUUUUUGUUAGAAAACAGAACAAGACGAAAAACUGCGCAAAAUUGCUUCCCAGAAAACUCAGAAAUAUCUUUUAUCUCCAUGUAAAGACUAGGCAGUGAAACCUUAAAACCUUGUCAAGCAGUAUUCAUUUAUCCUGUCGUGUGUUUCUAUGAACGUCACGAUCAGUUAUUUACAUCAAUCCUAUUGGUCCCAUCAAGAAGUCAGUCUUUAAUCCUUAGAGUCAUUUGACUCUCUUUCAUCUUUGAUGUCACUUCCAAUUAUUUGGCAUCAAAAGCCUUCACAGUAGGUAGAGUUUUAGGUAAAAGCGGCCGUUUUCUCUCUUAUUACAACUUCCCCGCAUAACUUGAGAGGUAUACUUUGCUCAUAAGUCCUCAGGUUAAUUGGUGUCUAAUCUUAUAAUGCCCUGCCUUCUCUUGACUGAGUUUGAAAUACAAAACGUGAAGAGUAAACAUUAAUUCAUCUACUCCUUUGGCUACUUGAACUCAUCUAUAAUCCUUUGUUAUCCAUACUCAAUUCUGACUUCACCGCUGCUCCCCCUAAAUAGGUCAGAGCACCCCACUUCUGUAUUGUUAAGCUGUAGAAGAACUGUUUCUCUCCUACAGGUACAAAACAAAGUAGGAUAUUCAGGGAUCCUACGCCAAUGUUAUAUUGCCAUUUAUUGGAAAGGGCUGGAAUUGUAUGUAUUUCUGUGUUCCGUAAAGGAUUUGACGUAACUGCAUCUCAAUAAAAUUUUAUUAGGACCA